UUCGCUCAACGGCACAACAAGGGGGAGGGUAGGUGGGGAGCAAGGCUUUUAAUGAGCCUACGUUGGGCUGUCAUCAAGUGUCAUGUCGGAUGCGCUGUGACUGGGAGAGGGCGAAACAAAAUGGCGGCGGCUUAAAAGGCAAAAAACGGCGUCCGAAGAAGAAAAGAGGAGGAGGAGGGAGAGCGCGGGUCGAGCGAGAGAGAAAGAAAGAAAAGUUCGGCGGCGAAGGCGCCAGCAGGGGGCGCAGCUGCGGCAGCCCCGGGCGGCUGGCUCCGCCUCUUUUGUCGUUCGCCCUCCGCCUCCCGCCGGCUGGCGCGGGUGGGUCGCGAGUGCCCCCCGCCGGCUGAGGCUUCUGUAAAGACCCGGAGAUACUUCAAUCAUCCAGAAGGAAAGGCCCACUGAAUUGUAGAGAUGUCUUCCAUUUGGUAUAAUAGCAUACUUCCACCUUCCCAUGUUGGUUGAUGAAGAACUCCUCCCUAUCCCCCACAAUGUUUGAAUUAUCUGUUUUAUUUUUACUGGUAUGCUAUGGAUGGAUGAUUUUUGAGUUGGCGCUACAGAACAUGAAGAGACAUCUGUUCUUUUUUUGUUGAAUGCUUUUGGAAGAGUCACUAAUUGGAUUUGAGAAUAAAUCUAUGGGUGACCCUUGUUCUUGGGAAGUUAUUGGUCAGCCAUGGUAAAACUUGCCAACCCACUUUAUACAGAAUGGAUUCUCGAAGCUAUACAAAAAGUUAAAAGGCAAAAGCAGAGACCAUCAGAAGAAAGAAUUUGUCAUGCCGUCUGUGUGUCCCAUGGAUUAGAUAAAAAGACUGUUUCUGAACAGCUGGAGCUAAGUGUUCAAGAUGGCUCUAUUCUCAAAGUUACCAACAAAGGCCUUGCUUCCUACAAGGACCCAGAUAAUCCUGGGCGUUUUUCUUCUGUUAAACCCAGUGAUCUUCCCAAAUCUGUUAAAGGAUCCAGGGGAACUUGUAAUGAGCUUCGGAAUGUGGAUUGGAAUAAACUUUUGCGAAGAGGAAUUGAAGGGCUCCAGGAACCAAAUGGCUCUUCCCUCAGAAACAUAGAAAAAUACUUGAGAAGUCAACAUGAUCUUGCAGGUAUUUUCAACAACCCUGUGUUUCAACGAAGAUUACGAUUGGGGGCCAAACGUGCAGUAAAUAAUGGGAGAAUAUUAAAAGAAGGACCUCAAUAUAGGGUGAACUAUGGCAGCUUGGAAAGCAAAGGAAGAUCUAAAUACAGUUCAUUUACAAUCUCCCUCCCACCUGUCAGCCUUUUGCCUCAUGAAAAAGACCAGCCACGCGCCGAUCCCAUUCCAAUAUGUAGCUUCUGUUUGGGAACAAAAGAAUCAAACCGUGAGAAAAAACCAGAAGAACUCCUUUCCUGUGCUGACUGUGGCAGCAGUGGGCAUCCAUCCUGUCUGAAAUUUUGUCUGGAGUUGACAACAAACGUCAAGGCCUUAAGAUGGCAGUGUAUUGAAUGCAAAACAUGCAGUGCCUGUAGAAUCCAAGGCAAAAAUGCAGAUAAUAUGCUUUUCUGUGAUUCUUGUGAUAGAGGAUUCCAUAUGGAGUGCUGUGACCCACCACUUUCUCGAAUGCCAAAAGGGAUGUGGAUUUGCCAGGUCUGCAGACCAAAGAAAAAAGGUAGAAAGUUACUUCAUGAGAAAGCAUCACAGAUAAGGCGGCGGUACACAAAACCUGUUGGGCGACCAAAAAAUAAAUUAAAGCAACGAAUGUUGUCUGUAACCAGCGCUGAAGGAUCCAUGAAUGCAUUCACAGGAAGGGGGUCACCUGGUAGGGGUCAAAAGACUAAAGUCUGUACCACACCUUCAUCUGGUCAUGCUGCAUCUGUGAAGGAAUCAAGCAGCAGAUUGGCUGUUACAGACCCCACCUGGCCUGGUGCCACCGCCACCAAAAUCAUCACCUCCACCUCCACCUACAUACCUGCCUCUACACUUAAUGUUAACAAGAAAACCAAAGGGCUCAUAGAUGGCCUUACUAAGUUUUUUACACCAUCACCCGAUGGUCGCAGAUCACGAGGUGAAAUAAUAGACUUUUCAAAGCAUUACCAUCCAAGGAAAAUGGCCUCUCAGAAAAAAACAUGUACUUCCCAUGUGUUGGCUACAGGUACCACACAAAAGCUAAAACCUUCUUCACUUCCACACCAAACCCCCAUCUCUGGUCAGAGCCCCAGUUCACAAAAAUCUGGCAAUUCCAUCUCUUCUAAUUCUCCCCAGAGCUCUUCCAGUCAGUCAAGUGCACCCUCCUUUAGCAGCCUUCCUAAUAACAGUCAGCUAAAGGGACUCUUUGAUGGACUUUCUCAUAUUUAUGCCACUCAGGGACAGUCUCGAAAAAAAGGGCAUCCAAGUUAUGCACCGCCCAAACGUUUGCAUCGUAAAACACCGUUCUCUUCUGCAUCCAAGUCUAGUACUGCUUUCUAUGGAAAGAAAGAGAUUAGAAGUAGGUUUAUUUCUCAUUCCUCCACCUCUGGAUGGGGUAUGUCUAGAGGACGUGCUUUUAAAGCAGUUGCUCACUUCAAGCAAACAACUUUCCUUAAAAAGCGCAUGAUUCUAGGCAGAUUAAAGUAUAAAGUGACCCCUCAGAUGGGGACCCCCUCACCAGGGAAGGGGAGCUUGGCAGACGGAAGGAUUAAACCUGAUCAGAAUGAUGGUACAGAAAUUCAAAUAAGCAUCAAAGAAGAAAACUCUGAUCUGUUUCUGAUGGGAAGCAAGGACAUUGUUACAGAAGAAGAUUUGGAAAUGUUUAAGCAGGCCCAGGAACUUGCUAUGGAGAAGAUUGGUUGUAAAAAUGGAGGAGAAGCAAAUGGACGGUACCCAUCUGUUAUAGAAUUCGGGAAAUUCGAGAUACAGACUUGGUACUCCUCACCUUAUCCACAGGAAUAUGCAAGACUGUCAAAGCUCUUCCUGUGUGAAUUCUGUCUUAAAUAUAUGAAGAGUAAAAAUAUUUUGCUAAGGCAUGCAAAAAAGUGUGGCUGGUUUCAUCCUCCAGCCAAUGAAAUCUACAGAAGGAAGGACCUUUCAGUCUUUGAGGUUGAUGGGAAUGUGAGCAAAAUUUAUUGCCAAAAUCUUUGCUUAUUAGCAAAGCUCUUUCUGGACCACAAAACCUUAUAUUAUGAUGUCGAGCCAUUUCUUUUCUAUGUUCUCACAAAAAACGAUGAGAAAGGAUGCCACUUGGUUGGAUACUUCUCUAAGGAAAAGCUCUGCCAACAGAAGUAUAAUGUUUCCUGCAUAAUGAUCAUGCCUCAGUACCAAAGGCAAGGAUUUGGAAGAUUUCUCAUUGAUUUCAGUUACUUACUUUCUAGAAGAGAGGGACAAGCAGGAUCACCUGAAAAGCCACUCUCUGAUCUGGGCCGUGUCUCCUAUUUGGCCUAUUGGAAAAGUGUCAUAUUGGAGUAUCUUUAUGGCCAUCAUGAGAAACAGAUCAGCAUCAAAGGACUGAGUCGAGCAACUGGAAUGUGCCCUCAUGACAUUGCCACCACCCUGCAGCAGCACAGCAUGAUAGACAGGAGAGAAGAAAAAUUUACAGUAAUUAGAAGGGAGAAACUGAUUUCAGGUCACAUGGACAAACUGAAAACCAAUCCACGAAUCAAUGAAGUAGAUCCAGAAAGCUUGAGGUGGACUCCCCUUCUGGUUCCUAAUGCAGCAGUUUCUGAGGAAGAGAGAGAAGCUGAAAAAGAGGCUGAAAGAUUGAUGGAACAAGCAAGCUGCUGGGAAAAAGAAGAGCAGGAGCUGUUCUCUGCAAGAGCUAAUAGGCAAUUGCCUGCAAAACUACAGUCUAAAAACAAGUAUUUGCGACCUCAAGAGAACAUAACGUUAGCAAUGGAGAAAGGGCAGUCCACAGAUCCACCAAAAGAAAGCAGUGGAGAGGAAGAGGAGGAUGGUGAGGAAGAGGAAGAAGAUGUGGAUGGACAUAAUCAAAAUUCUCCACCAAAACUAGGAAAACUGCAGUUGCUCGCUAUGAAGAGAAAGAGACCUUUCAUACUGAAAAAGAAAAGGGGUCGUAAACGCCGAAAGAUUAAUAGCAGUGUUACCACGGAAACAAUUUCUGAAACCACUGAAGUUCUGAAUGAGCCAUUUGAUAACUCAGAAGAAGAGCAGCUCGUGACACAGUUGGAACCCACCUCUGAGAUAGAGGAGGAGAACGAUGAAUUAAAGACUGGUACUCAAACAGUAUUCCAGUGUCAGUUGGAGGAGAGGGAAGAAGAUCAGCAAGAGGAAAAGGAGCAGGAGAAGGACAAUCACUGUUACCAGAAUGAUACUCCAUGCAGAGUGAAGGCAGAAGAAGAUGGAGCUAUCCUGGAAGAUGGUAAUAAAGACAAUCCUCAACCUAUAAAGUGUAAAGGGUGGCCUACGGGAAUGAAGCAGUGUCCAGCCAAGUGGAAGCAAAACAAAGAGAGAAAACCAGGUUUUAAACUUAAUUUGUACACUCCACCUGAGACUCCUAUGGAGCCUGACUAUCAGGCAGUGGGAGAGGAGUCAAAAGAGUUGGCUGAAAAUAACCCAUGCCAAGCAUUUGUUGUUACAGAAGAAAUUAAAAACUCUGAAAGCAUUCUGCCACCUGAAGAUGAGACAAGAGAUUCAGUUUCGGAGUAUUUGGAGCAAUCCAGGACAGAAAAAAAAGAAAAUGAUUUAACAGCAGAGGAAAGUAACCUAGCAGACGAAGCAGAUAAUGUGAACAUUCAGGAUAAAGACAAGCGAGAGGAAGCUGAAGUGGAGAAAGGUGAAUCUGAGCAUUUAAAAGUCCAAGAGGAAGAAGAGGAGGAGGUGGAAGAAGCUCCUAAGGGGGAUCAUGAGGAUGAGGAUGAGAACCAUGAGGGCUCAACAGAAAGGAAACCUCAGGAGGCUCUCAAAGAAGGACUUGAGAGUCAGGAACCUUUUUUAGACACAACUGAAAAUAAGAGCAAUGCAAAUCAGGAAAAUCUAAUGGAUUCCACUGUUGACUUUGCAGCUGGGCAUGACAGUGACCAUAAGGAGUUUCCUGCUCUUCUGGAACCUGAAUCUGAGUUAAGUAGUGAAAGUAUAAGCAAUCAAAACCAGACUGACAAUACCGAACUAAAUCCUACAUUCAAAGAUCCAAAUGGAGAAACUGUGGAGAUAGAUUCUGAGACAGCCCAGGCAGUGAAGUCUCUAACACAGGAAACAACACAGCAGGAAGAUGUGUUUCAGGAUUGUGCAGAGACUCAGGAGGCAUGUCGAAGCCUGCAGACCUAUGGCAAUCCUGACCAAAGCCCACAGAUGACCACGCUGGAUGAGUGUCAACAGUCUGAUCACAGUAGCCCGGUCUCAUCUGUGCAGUCUCAUCCCAGCCAGUCUGUUCGUUCUGUUAGUAGUCCAAAUGUGCCUGCAUUAGAAACCAGUUAUGCUCAAAUUAGCCCUGAUCAAAGUGCCAUCUCUGUGCCAUCUCUACAGAACAUGGAGACUAGUCCCAUGAUGGAUGUUCCAUCUGUUUCUGACCAUUCUCAGCAGGUUGUCGACAGUGGAUUUAGUGAUCUGGGCAGCAUCGAGAGUACAACAGAGAACUAUGAGAACCCAAGUAGCUAUGAUUCCACUAUGGGCAAUAACAUCUGUGGAAACAGCUCCUCACAGAACAGUUGUUCAUACAGCAAUCUCACAUCCAGCAACAUGACACAGAGCAGCUGUGCAGUGACCCAGCAGAUAUCAAACAUGAAUGGAAGCUGCAGCUUGAUGCAGAACACCAGCAUCAAUUCCCCCCCUCCCUGCAAUGUGAAAUCUCCGCAAGGCUGUGUAAUUGAAAGGCCCCCAAGCAGCAGUCAGCAGCUUCCUCAAUGCAGCAUGGCUGCUAACUUCAGCCCACCUAUGCAGUUAAAUGAAAUUGCAGACAGCAGCAAUGCCAACAUUGGCUUGUAUGAAAGAAUGGGCCAAGGGGAAUUUGCAGCAGGGCAUUAUCCACAACCAUCUGCUACCUUCAGCCUUGCCAAAUUGCAGCAGUUAACCAACACACUUAUGGAUCAUUCGUUGCCUUAUAGUCAUUCGGCUGCUGUUACUUCCUAUGCAAAUAGUGCCUCUUUAUCUACUCCUCUCAGUAGCACAGGACUAGUUCAGCUUUCUCAAUCUCCUCACCCAGUUGCAGGAGGGGGGCAAGUCCAGGCUACAAUGACUCCACCCCCUAACCUCACUCCUCCCCCCAUGAAUUUGCCACCUCCCCUUCUGCAACGUAACAUGGCCUCCUCCAAUAUUGGCCUGUCCCAUGCCCAAAGACUGCAAACUCAGAUGCCUGGCAAAGGUCAUGUUAGAACUAAGUCAACACCUCUCCCACCAGCUGCUGCAGCCCACCAGCCCCAGAUCUAUGGGCGUGCCUCACAGACUGUGACCAUGCAAGGGCCAGCACGCACCUUAACCAUGCAGCGUGGUAUGAACAUGAGUGUGAACUUAAUGCCAGCUCCAGCAUACAAUGUUAAUUCUGUGAAUAUGAAUAUGAACACUCUUAAUGCUAUGAAUGGGUAUAGUAUGUCCCAACCUAUGAUGAAUGGAGGCUAUCAUGCAAACCAUGGCUAUAUGAAUCAAACAGCCCAGUACCCUAUGCAGAUGCAAAUGGGAAUGAUGGGAAGCCAGCCAUAUGCACAACAGUCAAUGCAGACCACCCCUCAUAGCAACAUGAUGUAUACUCCUCCAGCACAUCAUGGCUAUAUAAAUACUGGCAUCUCUAAACAGUCUCUGAAUAGCUCUUACAUGCGUAGGUAGGAUCUUGUGGGGAGGGGGAGACAGUGGACCUACCAGACUGGCGUGCCAGAUUUGAUGUGCACAGAAAUGUGUCCUUUUUGGUACGAUGUUGAGUACGAUUUCAAAACCAGCAAUUGGUGUGAAUGCAAAAAACAUUUGUUGGCACCAUUUUUUAAAAAAAAAUGUAUGCAGCAGAAAGCCUUAUAUAAAUGUGUUCUCAUUUUAUUUUCCUCGUUUUGUAAUUCUAGUUUGUUUGAUUUUUAUUUUAUUUUAUAACUGAAGUUCUGUGGUGAGGAAGAACUUGGUUGUACUGCAGACAUGCAAAACAAGCUGAUGGUUCACAGCCAUUUUUUAUGUGCCUGCUCCCAUUUGAAAUGUAGAUCAUAGUUUUGGAGUAUAUCUGAUGUUGUGCUGGACUGUGAGCUUUCCUCCUGUUCUGUCCUUCCCUUCCCUUUCCCUUUCCCCUUCACCAUGUAAAUGCCUUUUUGAAUUGCAUUCAUGGACUGUUUUGUUCCUCAAGUUGACACUUCCGCAUGCCGCUAAUGUCUUUCUUAUUGACAGUGCGUUUUGUAGUACUGUACAAGUGUUGUGCUUAACAGUAAGCCAUUCUCUUUACUUGGGUUUUUUGCUUUCAUUUUUUUGCUCUAAUUGGAGGGCUUUAAAAAUUAUAUUUUUGUUAAUUAGAUUUUUAAAAAUCUUGGGUGUUUUUUUUAAAGCUGUGAAAUUAUUACCAUUUUGAUUAGUUCAGACAUUUGAGUGCAAUCCACUGGGAGAAUCCCCUGUGUGUUUCUGUGCUCUUGCACAAAUCUGAUUAAUUUCCACAGGGCUGGCACAGAAGAACAUCCUGAUGAAUUACACCCUUGAACACGUGCUAUAAAAGCAAGUCCUUUUUGUUCUAGUAGCAGAUUUUUUUCCCCAGUGAAGGAAACAAAUGGCAGCUUAUUCUGUUUUUAUUAAAAGCAAACUUUAUUGAUUGA